AAUUUGUGAAUAUAUUCUAGUCACAAUAGUAUUGAAGUGAGUGUUUAGUCAAUAUGAAAUUUACAAGAUAUUUGUAACUUCGUACAAUUUUUAAAGCGAUAUUAUAUCGCAGUAACUAAAGGCCAAUUGGUGGCAGAAGGCGGGCGGCGGCAGUCAGUCGCACGCGCGCUGUUUGGAGCAAUGUGGGGCAUUGUUCUGUUUCUCUACUUCAUCGCAGGUAGUCAUCAAAUAUCCAUCACAGAAUUUUCAGUACCAAAUUUGACGCAAUCUGGCAAUAAUAUCCGACUAGAUUGUAAAUAUAAACUAAGUUCCAAUGAAUCAGACAAAGCUCUCUUCGUAAAAUGGUGGUGGACGCCUCUCAACGGGACAAGCGACCAGCGCGUUCAGCUUUACCAGAGAAUAGCUGGUCACCCUGCCGUCGCUAUACAUAAUGAUAUUAAAUUAGAACAAAAUGAUGCUAUUUUACUUCUAAACGUGACUCCUGAAGACUCUGGAACUUACGAGUGUGAAGUUUCAAACAUAGACGAAGUUCGAAAACAUUCUGAUCUCACAGUAUACAGUAUGGGGACUGGUCCAAUGAUGAACAUCAGCGUUGUAGAGGACGGACCAGACGAUGAUGAUAAAGAGGACGUGCUUGUGAGGUGCUGGGCAUUUGACGUAGCUCCCUACCCCGAUCUGGCCAUUGUUCUUAAUGGGGAAGUUCUCAGUACAAAUGAUACAAUUUCACCGGUUGAAAGAAAAAUGUACGAUAUAACAUCAACAGCUGUUGUCAGCAAAGAUCAAGCGGAUGGCGCUGAGAUCAGCUGUGAACUUUAUUAUAAAAAUGUUAACGUUACACAUUCACCUUUUAUUGUCACUCAAACUUACUAUGACAACAAUUCUGAGCCGACCACGACGGAGGAUGCCGAGGACGACUUCACAACUGAAGCCUCUUCAAAUCCAUUACAAUAUAGAGACGCAGGCUAUGGACCCACUUCAAGCGUUUUUCUCAUCUUAACGUCAUUUUAUUUUCAGAUUUGUCUGUAAACUUAUUUAUUAAUCUAUGUGAUACUAAUGUUACUGUUAAUGUAAACAUUUUUUUAUUAAACUUCAAUUUUAUAAAGUCAGUCAUUUUAAACUGUCGAAUAUUAAAUGUCUAUGUUUUUUGAAAA